UCUUCCAGCAAUCAACAAUAAGACAAAUAGCAGCAAUUGCCAUAGCCUUAUCUUCAACGUUUCACCGAUUAACUUUGGUUUCCACCAAAUCUGCCAUGGCUGCCACUCUACUUCACUUCCCUUCUCUCCCAAACCUUCUUCAUCUAUCAAACCUGUCGAUCUGCAAUUCACCAAGAACACUUCAUUUCACUACCAAAUGCACUUCAAACUCAAACUUAGCACCUGAUCAGUCAGAUUUUCCAUCUCCAAUCUCCCAUGAUACAACCAUAAGUCCAGGCAGUUUCCCCAUUGAAAAACGAAGAAGAUCAGAGAUAAUCAGGGAAAGAAAACCCAGACCAGAAAUUGCAAAGCCUGAACCACCAAAUUUUGAGGUUGGUUGGAGGAGAACAAAGGAGAUACACUUGGAGAAGCCAAAAGGGUAUGUGAUAAUGGAUUUCCUGGAGAAGUUGGAAGGGUUAAUUGAGAGGGAAUUUGGUUCCACUGAACUGUUGGCUAAGGCAGGGGAAAUUGUUGCAGAAAGAGCAAGAGAAGAAGCAGAAGUGUUGAGAGAUGAAGGGAAAGUGGAAGAGAGAAUGGUGACUGAGUUGUUUAGAGUUUUGAGGCUGAUGGAAAUGGAUUUGGCUAUGGUGAAAGCUGCAGUGAAAGAAGAGACUUUGAGUGAGAGGCUUCAGCAGGCUAAGGCUCGCUGCAGGCAAGCCAUUCUUGUUGCCAAUUCUUUUUGAAAGGUCGCAAUAAAUUUCGGCAACGAGAUUAUUUUGUUUUCAAGUUUUGAUGUAUUAGCUUUGUGCCAGAAAUUUGUAGAUUAUAAUCAUCUCGAAGCUGCAUAAUACUGUAGCUUAUGGCAUUGGCAAUGCUUAGUGUACGUUGAGUGGAUUGUAAA